CUCGUCUGCAUGGAAUAUCGGAUAAUUCUGGCGGGUAUAUUGUUGACUAAGACCCUCACCACAAGAUCUAGUGAUGAUAUAUCUGCAAGGAGAGUGAAUAUGCGAUGGAUGUUUGUCUACCAUGUCCUUCCAAGGGAGACUCUCCUUUCGGGGGUGGCAAUCGCGGCUCCACGUGAUCUCGGCUUAUCGAUAAGAUGAUGGCAUCGGCGCCGUUUGAGUCCCGCCUUUCGGACAUUCGGCAUCUGUCAACGUUCGCCUCCAGGACACUGUGACGGCACCGCCAUAAUGACGGAAGAACCGAAGGUCCUCCGGAAGGACCAGCUUGAGGUCAGCUUGCAUAAUGAGAAAAAGCUGAUCAAGGAGGGCGCAAUCAAAGACGACAACCCUCUGGACCUUAGCGAGCCGUUUCGCGAGCUAUGCAAUGCCUGUCGUAAGGGGGAUCUCAAAGUUUGUCAAGAGAAGAUCACAGAGGGAGUCAAUAUUAACGCCCGUGAUCCCUAUGACUACACCCCCUUGAUUCUGGCGAGUCUCUGCGGUCAUUACGAAGUUGUGCAGCUACUCCUCGAGUCUGGUGCUCUAUGCGAGCGUGACACAUUCCAGGGCGAGAGGUACGUUGCUAUUACAAUGGCUUUUCUUCAUGGAUAUCGUGUGAAUUACUUACAAUUGACUGCCCAUAGAUGCUUAUAUAAUGCCUUAAACGACCGUAUACGGAAUCUGUUAUUGGAGUAUGAUUAUUCGAAAUCGACGGAUCCACUUCAGCCUCUGGCCGCGCAUAUCACCUCUCUCCUUACUCGUGAAACUCCGAUAACGUCAGAUAUUGUUGUCACGGCAGCUGAUGAAUCCCUACACCUCCACAAGUUUAUCCUGGCUGCACGGUCGCCGUACUUUCAUCGAAAGUUGGAAUCCGCCCCUGGUACGUCAACAUGGAAACUUCCAAAUACGAUUCCACCAGAGGCGUUUGGCACAGCAAUCAAAUAUCUCUAUUUUGGAGAAGCUCCUCGCGACUUGAGAAGCGGUCCCGGCACGGGAUUCACGGAAUCGGAAGUUUUCGCAGGCAUCGACAAGAUAGCCAAGCAUCUAGAGAUCAACACCCUCGUGGAUAGUAUACUUGACAGUGGGGAUAGAAGACUUGCCAGACAGAGACGCACCAUGGAAGUUGCCAAAGGACGAGACCAACUAGAGGAGUGGUUCCGGGCGAAUGUGCUCAAGCACAAAGUGACGGUAGAGACAGCAAAGGCAGACGAUAUUAAGUGGGACAGGGACAAUGCCAUUUAUGCGGAUGUUCUGCUCCGAGCAGAUGAACUCCCUGACGACGAGGAGGAUAUUUUGGAGGAAUCUGAGCCGACUGAGGUCGAACACGGGCGCUCCAACGGGUCUGGCAGACGCGUACCGAUGUCUACUCUUUUCCCUUGUCAUCGGGCAAUGCUUCUGCGAUCGGAGUUUUUUCAGACCAUGUUUGCCUCAUCAUUCCGGGAAGCCCACAUGAAGGAUCACCUGAAUGUCAUCAGCGUGGACUGUUCUCCGGAUGUCCUGGAGAUUGUACUGACCUUCCUCUAUACCGAGCGGGCUGACUUCCCGCUCGAUAUUGCGGUCGAUGUUCUGUUCGCAUCGGAUAUGCUAUUUAUUGAAAAGCUCAAAACGAAGGCAGCCAUUGUCAUCAGCACACUGGGUAGUGGCAAUAUGUCGCAGGCAGAAGCUGCCCGGACACGCGGCACCAAGGAAGAGGAUGAUCUGGAUAUCUACGCCAUCAUCAAGGCUGCGUGGUUGACCCGUGUUCAACGACUCGAAGAAUUUGCUGCGCGAUACCUCGCGUACCGCUUGGAAGCUCAUAUCGACUCGCCGGAAUUUGCAGAACUUAUCCAAGAGUCGGCGUCCCGCAUCCAGUCCCGACAGGAGACGGAUUCCAUCGAGCUGCUGGAUGAUAUCCGCUUCUACCUGAGUGAACGAUUCAGGUUGCGCUUCGAUGACGCCGGUAUCGAUGAGAUGAUGGAGCCCACGCAGCCGGUGGCCGAUGGUGCUGGGGUCAACGGAGACGUUGAAAAAGUCACAGAGGGAGUGGAGAAGAUCCAAAUUUCAGAGGAAGGUUCUGGAGAUAGAACGAGCGUGACUGUUCGGUCAUUACAGGCCGAUGCGAAGGCACAGGAGCAGCCACUCAUUCAUACACUGGAUGGCGAAAUCGCGGUCGACGAGUUCGACCAAGAUGCGAUCAACUAUCAGAUCCUAAUGGAGAAGCUUGACAGGAUCCUAGAGAACUUGAACCUGGACGCCUAGAGCCUGGCAGCGAGCCAGACGAGCUGACGAUUGAUGACUUCUACAGGUGGUAUUUAGUGGACAGUAUAUAGUAUACAGAUAUAGAAGGACUGGAUACGGUGCAUGAAUGACAUUCGGAAAUAUACUACAUGGCUCGAUGAG